AGCGGGCAUGUUUUUACGAAUUCGCUCAGAUAUAUAUAUAAGAAAAUUUAUUAAUUGUCAGACUCUGUUGAGUAUAAUUGUUGAAGAGAAACGUCUAUUAAAGUUCGAUUUUUAACUGAAGCCCCUGUCUACACACCAUCACAGUAAGCCGACAUACGCAGACGUAGUAGAGUGUUGCUAAGUAUCACCUUUUGUUUGAAAUUUGUUCUAACAAAAGAUGCUCAUGAUCAACAUCUUACAGCGUUUGCAUAUGUCCACCAGUCUUAAGAAAGCGCUUUUAUGCAAUGGCGAAGAGAACAUUUCAUUGAUAAUGUGAAAGAAAUUGGCGACUGAGAUGUGUUACAUGUAGAUAUAACUUUGAGAAAACACGAUGAUGGAUUUAGGUUCAGCCCAGAGUCUUUCAUUAAAGACCAUUUGUGUAAUCUCUGUUCUGCUGGGAUUAGCUGACGGAGAUGUGAUUUCAAAGUUUUUCGCAAACUACGACAAAGCUCUUAGACCGGAUAUUGAAUUGGACAAACCCACCAUAGUCGAAUGUAGUUUGUACGUGGAGUCUUUUGGAAACAUUGAAGAAGCAAAUAUGGAGUACAAAGUCUAUGCAUAUUUUCGUCAGUACUGGAAUGAUUCUCGCCUCGCUGGAAAGCUGAACCGCACCCUUAAUUUGAUGGGAAGUGAUAUCGAGCGCAUGUGGGUCCCAGAUCCUUACUGUUAUAACGCGCGUGAAUCGACCAUGAUGAAUCCAGACGAAGAAACGCACAGCAGCCUCAAAAUUAAACCCAAUGGAGAGAUCAGUUACAGUAGAGGGGUAACUUUGCUCGCCUCGUGUAAUAUGGACCUCCAUCAUUUUCCGCUGGACUCGCAGGAGUGCAUUCUCAAGUUUGGAAGCUACGGCCAUUCUACGGUCGACAUUAUCUUCAAGUGGGUUCCUGGAGACACUGAAGUCUCUAUUGGAUACAAAGAAAUGGCUCAGUUUGAAUACAAAGGCUCCAAAUUGACAAGCGGUGCAGAUGAGUUUGGCGCGGCUGGGAGUUUUUCCACCAUGACAGCCACGUUUUUAUUCCAUCGACGCAUCGGCUAUUACCUUAUUCAAGCCUACUUCCCAAACAUAUUUGUUGUAAUCCUAAGCUGGAUUGUUUUUUGGAUGGAUAAGGAAGACAUGGGAAACAGGAUAACCCUGGGAAUCACAGCCAUCUUAACCAUCAUGUUUCUUCUUGGAUCUCUCAAUGGCAAUUUGCCUAAAGUCAGCUACCCAAAGGCUCUUGAUUGGUAUCUGCUGGUGUCAUUCAGUUUUGUGUUUCUGUCAUUGCUUGAAUGUACGGUCGUGUUUCUUUUUGUAUCGAGCGCCAAAGAAGACGAAGAGAACAUUGCCUACAAGUGCCAUGACAACCCUCUGGAGACAAGAAAGUCCUCAUCUUAUAAAUCAGUUAAGUCAAAGGGAGAAUCUUCCAGUGCUGAACACGCUGAAAACGGGGGAAUGUCAAAUGCAGGAUGUGAUGACCUUGAAAUGGUUUAUCGCGGAAUUAAAUCUAACAAGGCCGUGGUGGAUGAUGUGUCAGUCCAUAGCAACAGGAGCAUCAAAAACAAACGAAGGGUGACAAUAGCGGUCAACAUUGACAGAGCAUCACGUGUUCUCUUUCCACUGGCCUUUAGCAUCUAUAACAUUUUUUACUGGACUCACUAUUAACUCGUUUUGUUUAGGGAAAAUGAUGUCUGUGGUCUCGGCUGUAAGACAAACUUAGAGCAAUAUACAGGCUCGAACUAACCAUAGGUAAGAAGAUCAAACCAUAUACGUUGGGUCUUCUGGUAGCCUUAACCGGAAAACUUAACAUUUAUAGUACUUAAAACAGUAUUAAGCUUUGCUUGAUUCGUGAAAUUAUACUCCAACGCCGAAGUGCCAAAAACGUGCUUUUUCCCCAGGCUUAUUUUUCUAAUUUGUUUUAGUUUUCAUAAUUCAGAUCGUAUAUAUAUACAUUGUUUAGUGCUAGAAGUGGUAAUAAUUCUACCUGUGUCAGUAUGUUGUGCAAUACGAAGGCAAACGUGUUCGUGCU